AUGCCUACAGCUGCUCUCCCUUGCCUGAGUCUGAUCCUGCUUCUCUGGAGCCAACUGCCGGGAGCCCAGGGCCAAGAGUUCCGAUUUGGGUCUUGCCGAGUGAAAGGGGUUGCUCUCCAGGAACUGUGGAAGGCCUUCUGGGCCGUGAAGGACACUGUGCAAGCUCAGGAUAACGUCACCAGCGUCCGGCUGCUACGGCGGGAGGUUCUGCAGGACAUCUCGGAUGCUGAGAGCUGUCAUCUCAUCCAUGCCCUGCUGAAGUUCUACUUGAAUACUGUUUUCAAAAACUACCACAAAAAGAUAGUUGAAUUCAGGACAAUGAAGUCAUUCUCAGCUGUGAAGUCAUUCUCCACUCUGGCCAACAGCUUUCUUGUCAUCAAGUCACAACUGCAGCCCAGUGAAAAUGAGAUGUCUUCCAUCAGGGAGAGUGCACACAGGCGGUUUCUGCUGGUCCAGAGAGCAUUCAAGCAGUUGGACAUAGAAGCAGCCCUGACCAAAGCCUUUGGGGAAGUAGACAUUCUCCUGUCCUGGAUGGAGAAAUUCUACCAGCCCUGA